UCAUGUUCCUUCAGACAAGCAAAGCAAAAUAAAGAUUAUUCCUUUCUUUAUCAUGCUCCCUAGACAAGCCAGGAAUCUGAUGCCUGACCUUGCCUUGCACUCGUUUUCUUUAGAAAACUUUCUUUCCAGUUGCCAUAUAUGACAUCUGCCUGUGAAAUCUGUUUUGUUCAGACACCUAUAUACAUCUGAAUUCUACUUGCAUGGUAAAGGUAAACCUUCACCUCUGCUUCCCGUCCCUCAUUCAACUGCUCUUCAUCGACACCUCCAAGUAUGGGUGAUGGGAUCAUCAUGGCACCAUCACCAUCUAACCAGGAGUAUAUCAGAGAUGUUGCAGAAAUUGAUUUACAGGAGUACAAGGACAUUGAGAACAUCGCGUUCUACCAGGUUGCAGCAAACUCUGGAUCGGGCUUGUCUAUGGAAAGUGAGAGAUCACUAAGGAUCCAUAUUUGUACAGACCAGAAUGGUGUCAACUUUCUGCUUGAGUUUCUGCAUCAUCUUGUGGAUUCGAAAGAGAGCUACAGAGGCGUGACUAAUCUCCUUUUUCAUGGUAUUGAAUGGCAGCCUGAAGCAAUCCAACUUCUCUGUUCAUACUUAGGCCCAGGCUCGAAUGUGAAGCAUGUGGAGUUCCAAAAAAAUGUGUUUAGCACAAAAUCAGCUGUUGCUUUAGUCCCACUCUCGGAAAUGCUCCAAAGGAACAACACCUUGAAAGCAGUUGUUUUCAAUGAUUGUAGAAUUGGAGCUGCUGGAGCGACACUGCUUGCGUCAGCUUUGGCAAAGAACAGAAGUGUGGAAGAGUUUCAAGUAUGGGAAGACUCCAUGGGCUCCAAGGGAGCAGAAGAACUCUCCAAGAUGAUUGAGGUGAACUAUAUGUUGAAGCUGCUGAUUAUACUUGACAACAACUCCAUUCCAGCGGCUCCGCUUAUCUCUGCUGUGCUGGCACGCAACCGCAGAGUGGAGGUGCAUAUAUGGGGACGCGGUCGUGAUACAAGAGGUGGCAUGAACAACUGUAAAAUUGUUGAGUUCCUGCCAGAAACUGGAAACAUGAGGAUUUACAGCAAUAUCAAUUCUACAGGCCUGCAACGGGUUGCUUGUGCUUUGGCGUGGAACACCACGGUGACAACAUUGGACAUGACAGGUGUCCCUCUGAAGUCCAGAUGGACCAAAGAACUUAGAGAGGUCCUCGACCGGAAUAGGAGCCUAAAAGUUGUCAAACUUACCAAGUGUUGCCUCAGGGACAAAGCAGUGGUGUAUAUAGCUGCAGGACUGUUCAAGAACAAGUAUUUAGAGAGCUUGACUUUGGAUGGGAAUCGCUUUGGUGGAGUUGGAUUGGAGCAUUUGUUAUGCCCUCUUAGCACAUUCUCACCACUUCAGACACAAGCCAAUUCCACUUUGAAGGUUUUGAGUUUUGGGGGAGAGAGAACAAAUAUAGGUAGAUAUGGUGUGGCUGCAAUCUUGCAGAUGUUGGAGACAAACCAGAGCCUUAUUCAGCUGGCAAUAUGUGAUGAUGCAAGCCUGAGAUCAAGUGAUGUUGUCAAUAUCUUUACAACCUUACAAAGGAAUGCCACUCUUCGAAUUUUGUCAUUCAGAGGGUGCAAGGGAGUUGAGGGGGAAGCAGUCUUACAGACCAUUAUGAAUACUUUGCAGGUCAAUCCAUGGAUUGAAGAAAUUGAUCUUCAUGAAACACCUUUGCAUGUUGCAGGCAAGACAGGCCAAAUUUAUGAGAAACUUGGCCAGAACGGGAGUUUGGUUCUGCCAAAUGAUUUGCUUGAUUUGCCACUAAGUGCUCCUACAUGCUGCCGAGUUGUUCUGUGUGGCCAAGAAUUAGCAGGUAAAAGCACGCUAUGUAGCUCCAUGAAUCAGUGCAUGAAUUCAAUGAAUUUGCCUCGCAUGGAUGCAAGAAAAACUCUGAAGACUCCAGUUGAGCAGAUGCCAUUCACCGAUGAGAAUAAGAUGAACUCAAUCUUUGAUGGCAACACAAAGUUGACAAUGUGUAAUCUCGGUGGAAAUGAAGGAAGUUUUGCGUUGCAUGAUUUCAUGUUCGUGGUGCUUGGUGGUCCAAGCUUUUUCAUGAUUGUGUCUAGUUUGGUUGGAAAGCCUGCUACUAAAUAUCCAAAAGGCAUAGACGAGAUUGAAUGGGAACUCAUAUAUUGGCUGAGGUUCUUGAUUUCAAAUUAUAGGCGGAGAGUAUCACACUCGUUUCGACCCUGUGUAACUAUAGUUCUCACCCAUUAUGACAAGGUAUCUCAUUUACCAGAAGGGCUACAGCCAAUUGCUGCCGUUGUACAAAGGCUCAGAGAAGACUUCCAAUCACAUGCAGAAAUUUACCCCACUGUUUUCGCUGUUGACUCAAGAUCGUUGGUUUCAGUAAGCAAACUCACUCACCACUUGCGAAAGACAACAAAGACAAUAACCCAACAAGUUCCUCAAGUUUAUGAAGUAUGUAAUGAUUUGAUCAAGAUUUUGCAUGACUGGAGGUUGAAGAAUAAGAGAGCCGUGAUCAGGUGGGCUGAGUUCUGCGAGAUAUGCCAGCUCAACAUUCCAGUGCUAAGAUUGAGAUCGAGGCGUGAUAAUGUGGAGAAAGUGGACACAAGGAGACGUGCUGUUGCCAGAUCACUGCAUACCUUGGGUGAAAUAGUAUUUUUUGAGGAACUUGGACUUCUGGUGAUGAAUUGUGAAUGGUUCUGCCGAGAUGUCCUCAGCCAACUAGCUACAUUGAAGUCAAUCAAGAUAGAGAGUAGUGGUGGUUUUGUCCACAAAGAGGAGCUGGAGAAGAUGCUGCAAGAGAAGCUGCGCAACCAAAUUCCAAGGUCAAACUGGAGAACUGGUGCAUCCUUACAGGCCAGUGACAUCAUAAAUAUAUUGCUGGAACUCGAAUUAUGCUAUGAACAGGACCCUGGGAACCCACAUACAUUACUCUUACUACCAGCCAUUCUUGAGGAAAACAAAGGAGGGGCUGAGAAAUGGCAGUUAACUAUGCCGGAAUGCAGAUUUGUUGGAAGGCGUCUCGAAUGUGAAGAUAUACACAUGCUCCUGACAAGUGACUUCUUUCCAAGACUGCAGGUUCGUCUGCAUAACAAAAUCAUGUGUCUUGGGCAGCAGGAAGCAGUUUAUAACCUGGAGAAAAACCUUAUUUAUACAGUGAUUAAUGGUGUCCAUGUAAAGGUGGAGCUGGGAAUGAAGUUUGGCUCAUCCAUAGAUGUGCUUGCAUGCUCUGAUAGAAAUAUUACGGACAUGGUGAGGCUACUCCACAAGUUUGUAAUCCCAGCGAUACUGAACUUGUCUCCCAAUAUGACGUUCAAGGAAAGCAUUCUCAGGCCUGACUGUGUGAAAUAUCUCAUACCGCGAAGGUUCCGUGCAACUCAGCAGCUCCCUCUGAAAAAAAUUAAGCAAAUUCUACUGUCACUGCCGGCAGAAAGUAUAUAUGAUUAUCAGCAUACCUGGAGUGCAGUUGAAAGCAAUAAAAGGCUCAUCUUAAGAUCAGGAUCAGACCAUGCCAGAGAUCUGCUAUCAGAUGAUGACUUCCAUGAAGUUUUGCACCGUAGGUACUAUGAUUUACAGUUUCUCGCGACUGAACUCGCCGUCACCCCAGACAAUCUGCAGCAGCCUGAAACCAUCCCAGAAGCAGACGUGGUCGAUCCCUCCAUCCUGGGCAUCGCGAGAGGUGUCGAGAUGGUUCUCCAAAGACUGAAGAUAAUAGAGCAAGGAAUAAGGGACCUGAAGGAAGAGAUUGCUAGCCUGAGGUACUACGAGUAUCACCUUGUGACCGAGCUCCACAGGAAGAUGGACUACGUGAUGAACUACAGCAUUCAACUGGAAGACCGAAAAGUGCCCCAGAUGUUCUACCUUGUCAGCCUAGACAACCGCUCCAAGAAGCUGGUCACAAGAAUCCUGCCUGGCAUGCGAUCCCUGCGGGUGCACAUGCUGUGCGAGUUCCGAAGAGAGAUGCAUGUGGUGGAGGAUCAGAUCGGGUGCGAUCUGAUCCAGGUGGACAACCAAGCGGUGCAGUCCCUGCUGCCCUACAUGAGCAAGUUCAUGAAGCUCUUGACAUUCGCCCUGAAGAUCGGCGCACAUUUCAUCGUCGGGAUGGGGGAGAUGAUCCCUGACCUGAGCAGGGAGGUGGUGCACCUGCUCGACUCCUCAGCCAUGUACGGCGCCGCGUCGGUGGGGGCUCUAGGCGCGGCAGCAAUGUACGGGAGGGCGAGGAACAGCGGCGCCAAUGACAUGGGGGAGGACAUGAAAGCGGCCAGGCAGUGGCUCGUGGAUUUCCUGAGAGGACAAGGAGUUCUAACAGGGAUGGACAUUGCGCAGAGGUUUGGCCUGUGGCGCGUGAGGUACAGAGACGACGGCCACAUUGGGUGGGUCUGCAGGAAGCACAUCGCCGCGAGAGGAGACGAGGUCUUCGAGCUGCCGCUCUGAACCAUCCACUCCAGCGUGCCCGACGGCCCACGAUGACCACAGGUGCCUCCCUCUCAUGUCACUCUGCUGAUAGCCUGAUAGGUGACAAUUGAGAAUAGUGAAUAUGCUCUGUUCUUAUCAUUCUCUUCUGUUAAAUUGUGUGUAUUCCUGUAUUCUCUGGGAUUGAUUUGCUUGCUACUUUGCAUUGACCAUUUCUCUGUGGAUUCAUCACACUAAUAGUGAAGGGUGUGAUUUGCCUGUGAGUAUAUUCAGAGCGAUGAUUUUAUAUAAGCUAGGCAUUUGAUU